AUGGAGCGCAACAUGAGGUCCGCGGAACCCGCCGACAGACUGCCAAUUGACCCCGUCCAGCAGUGCCUCGAAUGGAACAGCCAGUUUCCUGAGAUUGUUGACACGACCAUCCACCAAUUGAUCGAAGCCCAGGCAGAGGCUCGGCCAGAGGCUGUAGCUAUCCGCGCUUGGGAUCGCGAGCUUACCUACAGCGAGCUCGACCGCGCCGCCAACCGCCUAGCAAACUACUUGGUUAGCCAAUUGAAGGUGAAGCUCGAGGAGAUUGUUCACGUGUGCUUCGAGAAGACAGCAUGGUACUUUGUGGCCAUUCUGGCCAUCAACAAGGCCGGUGCCGUUUGGGCCCCGCUCGAUCCCUCACAUCCUUCUCAGCGCUGUCAGCAAAUCAUAUCGCAAACCAAGGCGCGGAUUAUCCUUUCAUCACCGAGCAAUGCUGAGCUGUGCGGCAGCCUUGUUGAGACCGUGGUUGAGGUCACGCCACGAUUCGAUGUUCAACUGAAGCGCGAUGCAAGCGCCAGCGAGAAAGGACCGGACUCUGGAGUCGGGCCCAGGAACGCAGCGUACAUUCUCUUCACAAGUGGCAGUACAGGAACGCCAAAGGGCUUUGUGAUGGAACACGGGUCGGUGUGCACCAGUCAGACAGCCAUUGGACGUCGCCUAGGUCUCUCGUCCGACGUACGGAUACUUCAGUUUGCGACCUUUGUCUUUGAUCUCUCUAUCGGUGAGAUCAUUGGACCACUAAUAUUCGGUGCCACCUUGUGUGUGCCAUCCGACGAGACCCGGAUGAACGGGCUCCCUCAGUUCAUCCACGACCAGAAUAUUAACUGGGCCUAUCUGACCCCGGCGUUCACUCGCACGCUCAACCCCGAUGACUUUCCUGGGCUUGAACUGUUGCUGCUUGCCGGCGAAGCUGUCGGAAGAGACGUCCUGGAGACGUGGUUCGGCAAGGUUCGCUUGAUCAACGGUUGGGGACCAGCAGAGACCUGUGUGUUCUCAACGCUACAUGAAUGGAAGUCAGUCGCCGAGUCCCCAUUGACCGUGGGCACGCCCAUAGGUGGACUGUGCUGGAUCGUUGACCCAGAGGACCCUUCGAAAUUGUGCCCUAUUGGUGCUGAGGGUGAGGUUAUGAUCCAGGGUCCUACUAUUACACGUGAGUAUCUCGCGGAUCAGGAAAAGACCGAAAAGUCUAUGGUCCGAAUACUGCCUGCCUGGGCCCCCAAGCGCGACUCGCCGUACUACAACAGGCUCUACAAGUCCGGCGACUUGGCAACGUAUAACGAGGAUGGAACGAUCAAAUUCGCCAGCCGGAAGGAUACACAGGUCAAGAUCCGUGGCUUGCGCGUUGAGUUGGGCGAGGUUGAGCACCACGUGCGGACGAGAUUGCAAGGCGCACGCCAGGUGAUUGUGGACGUGCUCAAGUCCGACAGGAGCGUAACUCUGGUGGCCUACUUUUGUUUCAGCGAAGAUACUCGACCCAGCGCCACCAUGUAUGAUACGCCCAACAACGACGACAAUACCGUUUUCCUACCGAUCGAUGCCGACCUCGAGAAACAAAUAAACACCAUGACCCACGAAAUCAGCUCGAUGCUCCCGAACUACAUGAUUCCCACUCUCUUCAUUCCUUGCCGCUAUAUGCCUCUGAUCACCUCAACCAAGGUUGAUCGCAAGGGUCUCCAGGCCAAGACGGCCAGCCUCAGCCAGCAGGAUCUGGCUGCUUAUUCACUUCAAAACACUGACAAGACUCCGCCUCAAACACCAAUGGAGUUCCGUCUCCAGAAGAUCUGGGCACAAAUCCUGAUGCUGGAUGCAGACACAAUUGGGCGCGAUGAUAACUUUGUCCGGUUCGGUGGUGAUUCGAUUGCUGGUAUACGCUUGGUGAACACGGCUCGGGCUGAAGGGAUCCUUCUCCAGGUGAAAAAGAUCUUUGACGAUCCGCGCUUGUCCGCCAUGGCGGCUACUGCCGUCGAGCUCGACGCCGCGAACUUGGCGGAUGGUGAAAUCGGCCCCUUUAGUCUCAUCUCCCCUGGUCUUCGGGAUAGUGUCACAAGCGAGGAAGUUUACAAGCAGUGCCGUCUCGACAAGGAGCACAUCAUUGAAGAUGCUUAUCCCUGCUCGCCGCUUCAGGAGGGACUUAUGGCUUUGGCAUUGAAGAAUCCGGGCUCCUACAUCGCCAAGUGGAUCUACAGACUCCAGCCAGAAACCGAUGUUGCCCGUUUCAAGCUCGCGUGGGAGAAGACGGUCGAAUCAUGUACCAAUCUACGAACGCGUAUUGUUCAUCUACACGAAGCAACCACACAGAUCGUCAUCAAGAACGACUUUUCGUGGGAGCCCACCAACGGCAUGAAUCUCAAGGAGUUUGUAAAAUCGACUGAAGCGAUCACCAUGGGAUACGGCUCGCGCCUGAAUCGUCACGCUCUCGUCCAAGGCCCUGGAGGAGCGACGUAUUUCAUCUGGAUCGGCCACCACACCGUGUACGAUGGUUGGACCAUUCGUCUCAUGCUGGGUACGAUGCAGGAUAUGUACCAGGACACGUCGUCAGUGAGCCUCGCCCCUUACCCAGGCUUUGCUCAGUACGUUCACAAUCUGGAUGACGAUGAAAUGUCCGACUAUUGGCGGUCCCAGCUUCAAGGCGCAAACAGGGCUGCUUUCCCCCCGAACCCUCGUGCCUCCGAUGAUGCCGAUCCCAACGAGCUCACCAAAUCAUACAGCAAGAAGAUUGCCUUUGCUGAUCUGGAAGAUAUGUCUGUGACUAAGGCUACCAUUCUGCGAGCCGCCUGGGCCAUGCUCAUCGGCCGCUACUCUGACUCCGACGACGUGUGCUUCGGUUCGACUGUAUCUGGCAGACAGGCACCAGUCAAUGGAAUCGAGACCAUGCCCGGUCCAGCUAUUGCUACCGUACCUGUCCGCAUCCGCUUUGAUCAGGACGACUCCACACUCAACUUCCUUCUCAACGUACAGGAGCAGUCUCUGGAUAUGAUCGCCUAUGAGCAGUACGGUUUACAGAACAUCGCGAAGGUCAGCGCUGAUGCACGCGAUGCCUGCAACUUCUCCAGUCUGCUCGUGCUCCAGCCCAUGAAAUAUCUCACAGGUAUGGCGGAAGACCUGGUGCAACAAAGCAGCGACGAGGGGGAGCCCAUUGAGGAACUUCCAGAAGGUUAUUUCAACUACCCUCUCGUUGCUCAGGCUUACGUCUACGAUGAUUACAUCAAUCUCGUCUUCACCUACAAGUCCGAUGUUCUGACCGAGUCCGACCUGUACGCUCUCGCCAAUCAGUAUGAUAAUAUCGUGCAGCAGCUGUCUGUUCAGCGCGAUACCCCUCUGGCUGCAGUGGACAUGGCCGGCCGCUUUGACCUUGAAAAGGCCCUCGUGUUCAACCCCGAAGCGCCCCAGGUUGUAGACUCGUGUGUCCACCUCCUGAUCGAGGACCAGGCCCGAAUGCGACCUGAUGCGCCAGCCAUUGUGGGCUGGGACCAAGAAUUCACCUACGCUGAAUUGAACGCGGCCGCCAACAGACUUGCCCAUUACAUUCAGAGAAGCUUCGGUGUGCAAACUGGCGACCUUGUGCACGUGUGCUUCGAGAAGUCUGCGUGGCAUUUUGUGGCUAUUCUAGCCAUUAACAAGGCUGGCGCCGCUUGGGUGCCGCUCGAUCCAGGCCAUCCAGCCCAGCGUCAACAACAGGUUGUCUCUCAGACUCGUGCCAAGCUGGCCUUGGCGUCCAAGCUUCACGGCGUAGUAUGUGAAGGCUUCCUUGAGUCGGUCCUCGAGGUCUCCCCUGAGCUGGACGCCAAAUUGGACAUGAAGUAUCCCGACACCGCGAUGAAGGCUCCCACAACCAUGGUCACGCCUCGUGACGCGGCUUACGUGCUGUUUACCUCAGGCUCGACAGGCACACCCAAGGGUCUAGUUAUGGAGCAUGGGUCUGUUUGCAGCAGUCAAACCGCGAUUGGCCGCAGGCUGCGUAUCACACCCGAGGUCAGGAUGUUGCAGUUCGCGGCCUUCGUUUUCGACUUGUCCAUUGGAGAAAUCUUCGGCCCAUUGAUCCACGGCGGUUCCGUCGUGAUUCCCUCUGAUGAAACUCGAAUGAACGGAAUCAAGGAAUUUAUCAACAAGAAGAAGGUUAACUGGUCAUACCUGACGCCUUCAUUCGCGCGUACCUUGUCUCCUCAGGAUGUCCCAUCGCUCGACCUGCUUCUCUUCGCCGGUGAAGCUGUUCCUCACGAUGUCUUUCAGAAGUGGGUUGGUUCUGUUCGCUUGGUCAAUGGCUGGGGGCCUGCAGAGACCUGCUGUUUUAGCACGCUUCACGAGUGGAAGAGCGCUAAUGAGUCGCCAUUGAAUAUUGGCCGGCCCGUUGGCGCGUUCUGCUGGAUCGUGGACCCCAAAGACCCCCAGAAGAUUGCUCCCUUCGGGACCUUAGGUGAGGUCAUGCUGCAGGGCCCGACUCUUCUUCGCGAAUAUCUGGACGACCCUCAGAAGACCGACGCAGCUUCUGUCACCUCGUUGCCCGAAUGGACGCCGCUGCGCAAUCAGUUCCAGCGCUUCUUCAAGUCGGGCGAUCUCUGCUCGUACAACGCCGACGGCACGAUAGAGUUCUCUUCUCGCAAGGACACCCAAGUCAAAAUCCGCGGUCUUCGUGUCGAACUCGGUGAAGUUGAACACCAUAUACGCGAGAAGCUUGCUGGUGCAAAGCAGGUUGCCGUGGAUGUGUUCAGAACAGAAGCUGGUGCCAACUUGGUGACCUACUUCUCCUUCAACGACGACACGAAGACGGCGAUCGGCUCGGAAGAGAGGGUCUUCUUGCCCUUGGAAAAGGACUUGCAGAACCAGCUUAGUAGCAUGGUAAGCGAGUUGAGCGUCACGCUGCCCCGCUAUAUGAUUCCGACCUUGUUUAUCAACUGCGAGUUCAUGCCAUUCAUCACCUCGACCAAGCUGGAUAGGAAGGGUCUGCAACAGCGUCUCAAUGGAUUGAGCAAGGACGACUUGGCGUCUUAUUCGCUUGUCAACAGCGAAAAGCGUGCCCCAGAGACGGAGAUGGAGGUCCGCAUGCAGCAGAUGUGGGCAGAGAAGCUGAACCAAGCACCUGAAGGCAUUGGCCGGGACGAUAGCUUCUUGGCUAUCGGCGGUGACUCAAUCGCUGCCAUCUACCUGGUCACUGCUCUUCGGGAGCAAGGUCUUUUGCUUACUGUCAAAGACAUCUUCGACGACCCUCGCCUAGUCUCUGUGGCCGCCAAAUGCCAGCUUGCCGAUGAGGACACUCCUGACCUUACCAACGUGCCACCAUUCAGUCUUCUGGAGCAGUUUAUGGCUGAAAAUGUAGCGGAAGCCGCCCACAAGCAAUGUGGUCUUUCCAGCAACCAGCGGAUUGAGGACGCGUACACAUGUACAGCCCUGCAGGAAGGUCUCAUGGCCUUGUCACUGAAGCAGCCCGGAUCCUACAUCGCCAAGUGGGUAUACAAACUUGGCGAGAACACGGAAGUUGAGGCCUUCAAAAAGGCCUGGGAGCUCACCAUCAAGGCUUGCCCCAAUCUACGCACACGCAUGAUUCAGGUUCUCGGGACCACAGUGCAGGCCGUGGUUACUGAUGAUGUAGCCUGGGAGCCCACGGAGGGUAUGGACCUGAAUACUUUCCUCGCCAACGCUCAAGCUAUGCAGAUGACCUUUGGUGAUCGUCUUAGCCGUUAUGGAGUUGUUCAAGGGGACGAUGGCGGUCAUUACUUUGUCUGGAUCGCCCACCACGCUAUCUACGAUGGCUGGACGAUGCGUUUGAUGCUGAGCACCCUUGCCGACUUCUAUCAAGGGUUCGAGACAUUGGCCUUGAAGCCUUACGCCAGUUUCAUCAAAUAUGUCAAGUCCAUGGAUACGGACGCCGCCAAGAAGUACUGGUCACAGCAGCUUGAUGAUGCGAAGAAGGCUAGCUUUCCUCACACCUCCAAAUCCGGCUCCAAGAAGGACAAGGUCACGCGCAUCAUGCGGACACACAUCGAGUUCCCCGACACGACAGGCUCGUCGGUCACUAGAGCCACCCUCAUUCGUGCCGCUUGGGCUGUCGUUCUAGGUAGGUAUUGCAACAUGGACGACAUCACCUUCGGCACGACUGUGUCUGGCCGUCAAGCCCCUGUACCAGACAUUGGCGAGAUGCCUGGCCCAAUGGUGGCCACGAUUCCUGUUCGCGUUCGUCUCAACGCUAAGCAGCCUGUUUCCGACUUUUUGAAGAACAUCCAAAGCCAAGCAUCCGAAAUGAUUACGUACGAGCAGUUUGGCAUGCAAAACAUUGCCAAGAUUAGCCCCGAUGCACAGGACGCUUGCGACUUUAGCAGCCUGUUGGUCGUGCAGCCCUUCCAGCAGAUGUCAGCAGUUGGCGCACAUUCCCAUGCCGUCCUCGAAAUGGACUCAUCCGUCAAGAAUGGCACCGAGGACACUCUCGAGGGCUAUUUUAGCUAUCCGCUUGUAGUCCAAGGCGAGGUGUCUGACAGCCACGUCGACCUUGUGCUUACCUACGAUUCCGAGAUCCUUGAGGAGUCCCAGAUGACCCGUCUCUCCCACCAGUUUGGUCACGUCGUCCAGGCCUUGUCUGCACAGGACGAUCGCCCUCUCGGCGACGUAUCUGUGGCAUCAGGCGAAGACCUCGAACAAGCUCUGAAGUACAACCCUGAGAUGCCGGAAAUCGUGGACUCGACUUUGCAUGAGCUUAUUGCCCAGCAGGCAGAGAUCCGCCCUGAUGCCGUUGCCAUUAGUGCCUGGGACUUGGAGUUGACAUACAAAGACUUUGAUGCGUCCGCCAAUCGUCUAGCGCACCAUCUGGUUGGCCUUGGCGUCAAGUCCGGCGAUCUCGUGCACGUCUGUUUCGAGAAGUCUGCCUGGCACUUUGUCUCCAUCCUCGCUACCAUGAAAGCCGGCGCAGCUUGGGUGCCCUUGGACCCUGGUCACCCAGUGCAACGCCAGCAACAGGUUGUGAAGCAGACUGGCGCUACCUUGGCUCUUGCCAGUCCUUCUAAUGUCGCCUUGUGCGAGGGCUUACUGGAAAAGGUCCUCGAGGUUACACCCGAGCUUGAUGCUAUUCUUUCAGAAAACCCCGAUCUGAGCGGCAGUGCUCCCCAGACCGAUGCCAACCAUCGCAACGCUGCCUAUGUAUUGUUCACCUCAGGAAGUACCGGCACACCCAAGGGCCUUGUUAUGGAGCAUGGGUCCGUUUGCACGUCCGCUCGUGCUAUUGGCAAGAGACUGAACCUUACCGCUGAUGUGCGCAUGCUUCAAUUCGCAGCGUUCGUCUUUGAUCUUUCGAUCGGCGAGAUUUUCGGUCCCUUGACGCACGGAGGAAGCCUCUGUAUCCCUUCAAACCAGGACCGUCUAAAUAACCUGUCUGGCUUCAUUCGCGACAGAAAAGUCAACUGGGCCUAUUUAACCCCUGCAUUUGCCCGAACACUUAGCCCGAAGGACCUGCCGUCACUUGAAUUGCUCCUCUUCGCCGGCGAAGCGGUGGGCCGUGACGUAUUUGAGCAGUGGGUAGGCAAGGUCCGUCUUGUCAACGGUUGGGGCCCGGCCGAGACCUGCUGUUUCUCGACCUUGCACGAGUGGAAGUCUAUCGACGAGUCACCCCUUACAGUCGGCCGUCCCGUUGGUGGUUACUGCUGGGUUGUUGAUCCAGAAGACCCCAGCAAGCUAGCUCCGAUCGGCACCAGCGGCGAAGUCGUGAUCCAAGGACCAACACUCUUGAGGGAAUACCUCGCAGACCCUGAAAAGACUAAGGCCGCGAUUGUGCCCACGCUCCCGGAGUGGGCUCCUCGCCCAGACGAAGCACACUGGAGCCGCUUUUACAAGUCCGGUGACUUGUGUACCUAUAAUUCCGACGGAACCAUUGAAUUCGCUUCUCGCAAGGAUACACAGGUCAAGAUUCGUGGUCUCCGUGUCGAGCUUGGAGAAGUCGAAUAUCACGUGCGUAGCUCUCUUAAGGGCGUCAAGCAGACAGCGGUCGAUGUUUUCAAGACCGAUGCUGGUGCGACGCUUGUGGCCUAUUUCUGUUACAACGAGGAAACGCGCCAGGCCGGAGCCACAAACGACGUAUUUGCCCCGUUAACUAAGGAGAUACAGGGCCAGGUGACGGAGAUGAUCGGACAGUUGAGCGUGUCACUUCCCCGUUACAUGAUUCCCACGCUUUUCAUUCCUUGCUCUUAUAUGCCUGUUAUUACAUCGACCAAGUUGGAUCGCAACAAGUUGAAGACUUUCACAGCUGCCCUCUCGGAUGAGAAGCUCACUCAAUAUGCCCUUGACGAUGCCGAGAAACGCGCCCCUGAAACAGCCAUGGAGAAGCGGUUGGUCGAGCUGUGGGCAACGAUCCUCAAGAAGCCCGUCUCAGCUAUUGGUCGCGACGAUAACUUCCUGCGCAUCGGCGGAGACUCGAUUGCUGCUAUGCAACUUGUGGCUCAGGCUCGAGAGUCUGAACUUGGCCUAACGGUCAAGGACAUCUUUGACGACGCUCGCUUGUCGGCUGUCGCUCUCAAAGCUGUGGAAUUGGAAGACGAGGAAAUUCACGGUCAAAUCAAGCCGUUUAGCCUGCUGAGCGAUGCUCAACGCACAGCCGUCAUGGCUGAGGCCACUCGCGAGAAAUGUGACUUGAUUUCCUCGCAGAAGGUCGUGGAUGCCUAUCCUUGUACUGCCCUUCAGUCAGGCCUCAUGGCCCUGACCAUGCAGACACCCAGCGCCUAUGUCGUCAAGCACGUGUAUAAAAUCGCCGAGCUGGCCGACAUUUCGCAGUUCAAGGCUGCUUGGGAAGAGACCAGCCGCACCUGUGAAAACCUGCGUACCCGCAUUGUUGAUAUUGACGAUACGCCCCUCCAAAUCGUUCUGAACGAUGAUAUUGCUUGGGAAGACACCCACGGCAUGGGCAUCGAUGAGUACAUGUCAUCUACCAAGACCAUUACUAUGACAUACGGGUCCCGGCUUGCGCGGUUUGCUAUUGUCAAGGACGGUGAAGAGCACUACUUUGUACAGAUCUUCCACCACUCAGUCUUCGACGGCUGGUCGCGAGGUAUCCUUCUUGAUGUCCUACAGUCCCAUUAUCUCGAGGAACCACUCCCAAGCCUGAUCCCUUACGUCAACUUCAUCAAGCACGCCACCCAGCUAGACGAGAUGGUUGCUGCCGAUUAUUGGAAGAACCAUCUGGAGAACUCUAAAGCCUCCGUGUUCCCCGAACUGCCCACCGACGAAGCGCACAAGUACGUGACGCGCAGCUUCUCGAAGCGCGUGAGGAUUCCAGACACCGCCACCGCUACAGUGACACGUGCUUCAGUCAUCCGUGCCGCCUGGGCCUUCGUCCUUGCUCGUUACAGCGAGACGGAGGACAUUGUGUUCGGUGCCACUGUGUCUGGCCGCAAUGCACCUGUCCCUGGUCUCGAGUCUGCACCAGGACCCGCAAUCGCAACGGUGCCUGUUCGUGUACGGAUUGAUGCCUCUCAGGCGAUUCCAGACUUCCUCCAAGGAAUCCAGAGCCAAGCGCUCGAGAUGACCUCCUACGAGCAGUAUGGACUCCGCAACAUCACUCGACUCAGCCCAGACAUCAAGGACAGCUGCAACUUCAGCAGUCUCAUCGCUGUGCAGCCUGCUGAUCAGGACAUUAUUGCCAACAAUGAAAUCCUUUCAUUCGCCGAAGAGAAGAUCGGUGAUGCUAUGGACAGCUACUUCAACUACCCGCUAGUUCUGGAGGCCUUCCUGGAAGAGGAGUCCAUCAAUCUCCACAUGACAUACGAUGCUUCGGUUGUUAGCGAGCACAGGCUCGAGGCUCUCAGCAACCACAUGGACCAUGUCAUUCAGCAGUUCUUCACACAGGACACACCCCUGGGCGACGUCACUCUGACUGGGCCAUGGGACGUGCAGCUACUCAAGGAAUGGAACUCGGAGUCGCAUCCCAUUAUCGAAUCAACUGUCCCCGAACUCAUCGCCCGUAAGGCCGCUGAGGUUCCUGACGAGGAAGCCAUCUUCUCUACAGAAGCAUCCUUGUCGUAUGCUCGUUUCGAGGAGCUCACCGCAAACUUCGCAGCGUAUCUUGCUUCCCUUGGCGUUCGCAGGGGUACCUACGUGCCUUUCUGUAUGGAGAAAUCAGCCUGGGCUAUCGUCGCGCUCAUCGGCAUCCUGAAAGCCGGUGGUUGCUACAUUGCCCAGGAUCCCGCGCACCCUCGAGCUCGUCGUCAGGAGAUCAUCGACCAGAUCGAUGCCAAGUAUCUCGUCGUGUCGCCCGAUAUUGCCGCUGAGUGCACUGGCAUGACACAGAACGUGAUUGUCAUCACUCGGGAGAUGAUCGACCAGCUGCCUGCCGGUACGCACGACAACCCCAAACCAGAGGAUCCCGCCUACGUACUCUUCACAUCUGGAUCCACUGGGAAACCGAAAGGUAUCGUCGUCGGUCACGGUGCUUGCUGCACCUCUAUCGUUGGCCAGGUGAAGAUUUGCGAGGUGGAUGUCGAUGGGCCGCCGCGUUUCUUGCAAUUCGGAAGCUUCGUUUUCGACUCUUCCAUCACCGAGAUCUUCUUGACCUUGUCUUCGGGUGGUGCUGUGACUGUUCCUGUAGGGAACGAGCGCUUGCAGGGCGCCCCUGAGUUCAUCAGGCGCUCUCGCACUACCGCAGCCAUUCUAACACCUACUUUUGCCCGCACAUUCGGACCCGAGGAUGUGCCUGGGUUCAAAAGCUUGUUCCUUGGUGGCGAAGCUCCCGGCCGCGACAACCUCGAAACAUGGUUUGGACACGUUAAGUUGAUCAAUGCCUACGGCCCUGCCGAGAUCGUUGUGAUGUGCGCUGGUCACACGUACCAGUCUGCCGAAGAGCCCGCCACAAUUAUCGGCCGACCGCGCGCGCACACAAACUGGAUCGUCGAGCCUGAUAACCACAACCGCCUAACCCCAGUUGGUUGCAUUGGGGAGCUGGUAGUCCAAGGCCACGCGAUUGCCAAGGGAUACCUAAACAACCCCGAAAAGACCGACGAGGUGUUCCUCGAUUCUCUGGAAUGGAUGUAUGAGUCGCUCGAUGUGUCGGGGGCCUCACAGCGCUUCUACAAGACUGGUGAUCUCGUCAAGUACCUCCCCAAUGGCGAGAUGCAAAUCCUAGGACGUCUUGAUACUCAGGUCAAGGUUCGUGGCCAGCGUAUCGAACUUGGAGAAAUUGAGUCUCGCGUCAGGAAGGCAGCCCCCGAGGUCCAGCAAGUUGCUGGUGUUGUGGUCCGUUUCAAGUCGCGCCAAACUCUUGUCGUCGUCCUGAGCAAAGAAGGCGAGUCUUCCGACUCCGAAUCUCGUUUCCUCCCGAUGGACGAAGAGAUGCAAAAGUUCCUUUCGAGCAUUGGCGGUGAUCUCAAGGCAUCUCUCCCCGGCUACAUGGUGCCAUCCAUGAUUGUCCCGAUCCGAAAAAUGCCCGUCAUGGGUGCCUCGCAGAAAACUGACAGGAAGGUACUCCAAGGCUUCAUGGAUGAGCUUUCACAGGAAGAGCUCAGCUCUUUCGCACUAGGUGGCCAGAAGAAAGUUGAGCCGACAACCGAGAAUGAGUUCAAGUUACGCGAUGUAUGGUCCAAGAUUCUUGAUCUCGGCGUCGAGGAAAUUGGCAAGGAAGAUCAGUUCUUACAAAUCGGUGGUGACUCCAUUUCUGCUAUUCAACUUGUCUCCAUGGCUCAGCAAAUCGGUCUUGGCUUGAGCAUCAGCCAGAUCUUCAAAGACUCGCGUCUCUCAACCCUGGCCGAAAUUGCGACUCGUUCCGAACAGGCUGGGCCUACCGAGAUAGCUCCCUUUGCCCUCGUCGCCGAGUCUCGCAAAUCCGAAAUUGAGAAGCUUGUCCACAGCCAGACGGGUCUGGAAGACGUCCAGAUUGAAGAUGCGUACCCAUGCACCUCCCUACAGGAAGGUCUCAUGGCCCUUUCGAUGAAGCAGCCUGGAUCCUACAUUGGCAAGCACAUCUUCCGCUUGUCGGACCAUGUGGAUGUAGACCGUUUCCGACAAGCCUGGAGCCAGACUCUUGAGCUUUGCGCCAACCUUCGCACUCGCAUCGUAUCCCAGGGCGAUUUGACUGUGCAGACCAUUCUCAAGACUGAAGCUGAAUGGGAGGACUCCAAGGGAUUGAGCUUGCGCAGCUUCAUGGAAAACGUUGCGAGCCAAAUUACCAUGACCUACGGCUCCAAGUUGUGUCGCAUGGCUCUCGUCGACGACAGCGACAAGUACUUCGUCUUCAUCUGCCACCACGCCAUUCAUGAUGGUUGGUCGCUGCGCCUCGUGUUCAGCACCCUGUUCUCCAUUUACAACGAUGUCGAGCUCCCCGCCUUGGAAAAUUUCAACCGUUUCAUUGAGUAUAUUGACUCGAUUGAUCAAAAUGCUGCCCGCUCCUAUUGGAAAGCUCAGCUAGAGGACGCUAAGCGAGCCACUUUCCCACCCCGUGCCCCCAUGGACGACGCCAAGGUCCGCAUCGUCACCAAGAUGAUUGAUCUUCCCAAGACUGGCAACUCGACCAUCACCAAGGCUACGGUUGUCCGUACUGCUUGGGCCAUGGUACUCGCGAAGUACUGUGACACUGAGGAUGUGACUUUUGGCAGUACCAUCUCUGGUCGUCAAGCGCCACUUUCCGGCGUCGCGGAUAUGCCUGGCCCGAUGGUCGCUACCGUGCCGGUCAGGGUUCAAUUCAGCCAGCAGGAGAAUGCUGGGGUCCUCUUGAACAAUGUGCAGAACCAGGCUGCUGAAAUGGUUCCAUAUGAGCAAUUCGGUCUGCAAAAUAUCUCUAAAAUCAGCACUGAGGUUCAAGAAGCCUGCGACUUCUCAAGCUUGCUUGUCAUCCAGCCCCUGAGCCUCGGCGCCUCAGAUGACGGUGAAGCAAUUUGGGCCGAAGGCUCUGGCGAAUUCGAAGAUGAAGAAUCAGUUGAAGGAACGUUCAACUACCCUCUCGUUGUCGAAGCCCACGUUGGCGAAUCCCAAGUAUUCAUUGAGAUGGCCUAUAACCCUGCCAGUCUUCCCAAGUCACAGAUGGAGAUCCUCUGCAACCAGCUUGCUCACGUCGUCCAAAGCCUCGUUUCUCAUGAGGAUCAGAUGCUUGAGAAUAUCGAGGUUGCUUCGGCCGAAGAUUACCAGCUCGCCGCCCUGUGGAACGAGCAAAUCAUCCCAGACGUAAUCGAGUCUACCAUCAACGAGCUCUUUGAGACGCAAGCCCUAUCGCGACCCGAUGAUGUUGCAGUGCGCGCGUGGGACGCCACCCUUUCGUACGGCGAGCUCUACAGCGCAGCCAACCGUCUAGCCCAUUUCCUCGUCGCCGAUCUCGACGUACAGGUCGAUGACAUUGUACACGUUUGCUUCGAAAAGUCAGCCUGGUACGUCGUAGCGGUCCUCGCCAUCAACAAGGUCGGCGCUGCCUGGAGUCCGCUCGAUCCCUCGCACCCCGAGAAACGUCACCGUCAGAUUAUUGACCAAACUCGCGCAACGGCUGUCCUCACAUCCGCCUCCUCUCUCGAUCACUGCACGAGAAUGUUCCCCAAAGCUAUUGCAGUUGGCCCCGAGUUGAUGGUACAGCUAGCCAGCAAGGGCCUCGAUGGUGAACGUGGCCCUGUCUGCAAUGUCACUCCCCGACAGGCUGCCUACGUUCUGUUUACUUCUGGCAGUACUGGCGUGCCCAAGGGCGUUGUUCUUGAGCAUGGCAGUGUCUGUACCUCGCAAGUUGAUAUUGGGAAACGUCUUGGUCUCAAAAAGAGCAUUCACGUGCUUCAAUUCUCGGCCUUCGUGUUCGAUGUCUCUGUCGGCGAGAUCAUCGGAUCGCUCAUACACGGCGCCACGAUUUGCAUUCCUUCCGAGGAAGCCAGAAUGAACAGUCUGCCCGAUUUCAUCCGCGAGGUGAAGGUUCAGUGGGCUUAUCUGACCCCUGCCUUUGCCCGCACCCUCAAGCCGGAAGGACUGCCAUCUCUCGAGCUUCUACUGUUGGCUGCCGAGACCUGCUGCUUCAGCGCUAUCCACGAAUGGCAGGCCAAGGAAGAGUCUCCCCUAACAAUCGGCCGACCUGUGGGUGGUUCAGGGUGGAUUGUUGACCCUGAAAACCACAAUCGCCUUGCACCUGUUGGAACCUUAGGUGAAAUUGUCAUCCAUGGGCCAACAUUAUUGCGCGAGUAUUUGCGCUCCCCGAACAAGACCCAGGAGGCUGUUGUCGAGGACAUCCCGGCCUGGUCUCGCCACCGGUCUGGCAAGUACUGGGGUCGCUUCUAUAAGACAGGUGAUCUGGCAGCUUAUAACGCGGACGGUACUAUCCUAUUUUCUGGCCGUAAAGACACCCAGAUCAAGAUCCGCGGUCUUCGUGUGGAAUUGGGCGAGGUUGAGCACCGUAUUCUAUCCAACCUUGAGGGCGUGCAGCAUGUGGUCGUCGACGCCUUCAAGAGCGAAGUUGGCGCCAAUCUCGUCGCAUACUUCUCAUUCAGUCAUGAGUCACGGCCUGCGAAGGCCACCGAGACUGUCUUUGAGCCGCUCACUGAGGAGGUCCGCGAGAAGCUGAGCGCACUGCUCGGUGAGCUUGGCGUGUCCUUGCCUCGCUACAUGGUGCCAACCGUGUUCAUCAUGUGCAAGUUCAUGCCGGCGGUGUCGUCUAACAAGUUGGACCGCAAAAGUCUCCGCGAAAGGACUGCUGCCCUAUCUAAGGACGAUCUCAACGCGUACUCGCUGACCGACUCUGAGAAGCGCGUACCCGAAACUGAGAUGGAAUUCAAGCUACGCAAGACGUGGGCUAAGCUGCUCGGUGUCGCCGAGGACGCUAUUGGGCGGGAUGAUAGCUUCCUUCGCAUCGGCGGUGACUCCAUUAUUGCGAUUCAGAUGGUCACUGCCUUGCGCGACGAGAACAUUCGCAUCACGGUUAAGGAUGUCUUUGAUGACCCCCGUCUGAUGGCUGUUGCACUCAAGGCACAGCAGAUGGAAGGCUCCGUUGCCAAGCCCGCCAAUGUCACACCUUUCAGCCUGAUCAGUGGCUCGGAGAAAGAGCUUGUGACCGGUUCUUUGGUUCGAGAGCAGUGUGACAUGUCACCUGCACAGGACGUCGAGGACGCUUACCCAUGCACCCCUCUACAGGCUGGCUUCAUGGCCUUGACCGUGAAGCAACCUCGUUCCUACAUCGCAAAGUGGCUCUAUCGUCUAUCAGACGGUAUCGACGUUGCCCGCUUCAAGUCGGCGUGGGAGCAGACUGUCGAACAGUGCCAUAACUUACGUACCCGUAUCGUCAAUAUCAAAGGUACCACGCUCCAGACUCUCCUCACCAACGAUGUCCGCUGGGAAGAUACACGUGGUCUGGACUUGCCGGCUUUCCAGGACAAGAUCAAGUCAUUUGAGAUGACCUAUGGCUCGCGCCUCAUGCGCUAUGGGCUUGUUGAACAACCUGACAACCAACGCUUCUUUGUUGUCGCCAGUCAUCACGCUGCCUUUGACGGAUGGAGCAUGCGACUUCUGCUGAGCACAUUGGCUGACGCAUAUCACGCAACCAACACGUUGACUCUGCAGCCCUUCGCCGGCUUUAUCCAGUACAUCAACGAACUCGACCAGGACGCAGCUGCCGCCUACUGGACUGAGCAGCUCGACAGUGCUAAGCGUGCUACUUUCCCUACGCCCAAGCCUGGCAGUCAGGGCAAGGCACGUAUGCUGCGCAAGGAAAUGGCUGUUGCUCCAUCCUCCCACUCUUCGAUCACCAAGGCAUCGGUUGUGAGGGCAGCGUGGGCUAUCGUCCUGGCUCGUUAUUCGGAGACCGAUGACAUUACCUUCGGCACAUCUGUUUCCGGCCGUCAAGCCCCCGUGCCCAACAUUGGAGAGAUGCCUGGACCCAUGGUCGCAACUUAUCCCGUGCGUCUUCGGUUGGAGAAGGAAAAGACAGUGUCUCAGUUCCUUGAAGACGUACAGACACAAGCCCUCGAAAACGUAGCCUACGAACAGUACGGUCUGCAGAACAUCUCAAAGCUGAAUGAAGAUUCCAAGGACGCCUGUGACUUCUCGAGUCUCCUCGUCAUCCAGCCGAUUCAACAGAUGGCGUCAAUCGGAACACAUAUCGACUCCAUUCUUUCCAUUGACGAGGCCGAGGAUUCGGAUGACCAAGUCGACAACUAUUUCAGCUAUCCCCUCGUCGUACAAGGCGAAGUUUCCGAGACGCAGAUCAACUUCAUGAUCACCUACGACUCGGGUGUGCUUGAAGAGACACAGGUCCAAGCACUGUCUCAUCACCUUUCUCAUGUCGUAGAGCAGUUGCUGUCAUCCGGACAGAAGUCCGUCAGCGACAUCUCUGUCGCUUCACCUUGGGACCUCCAGAGAGCCAAGGAACUGAACGAUACCGCACCCGACAUCGUGAAUGUCUGUUUCCACGAGAUGUUUGAGAAACAAGCUCGCCUGCGUCCCGAUGCACCCGCGGUGCACGGGUGGGACAGACACUUUACCUACAGCCUUCUGAACGGAGCUGCCAACCGCCUAUCUCACUAUAUCGUUCAAGAGUAUGGCGUCAAGCGGCACGAUCUUGUUCACGUCUGCUUCGAGAAAUCGGCUUGGUAUUACGUUUCUAUUCUCGCCAUCAACAAGGCUGGCGCCACCUGGGUCCCCCUUGACCCCGGCCACCCAUCGCAACGACAUCAGCAGGUUGCCAAGCAGACUGGCGCCAACCUCAUUCUCACGUCUAGCCUGCAUGCUGAUCUUGUUUCUGGUCUUGUCGACAAUGUGCUACAAGUCACUGCUGACCUCGAUUGGGACUUGGCUCGCGACGUCGAAUCGAGUAAGCAGGCUCCCGUCACAGAAGUCGACCCAAGCACCGCUUGUUAUGUCUUGUUUACUUCCGGUUCGACGGGUGUACCAAAGGGCUUUGUUAUUGAGCAUAGGGCCUUGGUGACAAGCCAAAUGACCUUGGGUGCACGUCUUCGCAUGACGCCACAGGUCAGGGCGCUGCAAUUCGCCUCGUACGUCUUUGACAUGUCGAUUGCCGAGACAGUGCCUGCCUUGAUGUUUGGUGGCUGCCUGUGUGUUCCGUCCGAGGAGACACGUAUGAAUGGCCUCGCCGAAUUCAUCCGCGACAUGCAAGUCAACUGGGUCUUCCUCACGCCAGCCUUUGCACGUACGCUGAAGCCCGACGACAUCCCCAACGUCGAGCUUAUGUUCUUAGCCGGCGAGGCUGUGGGUCAGGAUGUUUUGAGCACUUGGUUCGGUCGUCUUCGCCUGAUCAACGCCUGGGGCCCGGCUGAGACCGUCGUCUGCUCAACGUCGCACGAGUACACAUCUGUCAACGAAUCGCCCGCCAAGAUUGGUACUCCAACCGGUGGCUUCUGCUGGAUCGUCGACCCCGAGGAUCCGACAAAGCUCGCCCCUAUCGGGACGGUCGGCGAGGUCAUGAUACAAGGUCCCACACUGUUGCGAGAAUACCUAUCUGACCCGGAUAACACAAGGAAAUCCGUGGUCACGGAACUUCCUGACUGGGCACCUCGAUCAACGGACCCCGACUACAGCCGCUUCUACAAAUCCGGCGAUCUUUGCUACUACAAUGCGGACGGCACAAUUGAGUUCUCGUCCAGGAAAGACACUCAAGUCAAGAUUCGUGGCCUUCGUGUGGAGUUGGGCGAAGUUGAACAUCAUAUCCUCGAUGGCCUACAGCACGUUCGGCAGGUAGCUGUUGAUGUGCUCAAAACCGAUGCCGGCUCUAACCUAGUCGCGUACUUCUGCAACAGCGAUGAGACAAGCACAACAGCUGGCCCCGAAACCUUCAUGCCGUUGGAUGACGGUAUGAAGAAGAACGUGGCGGCUUUGAUCGGCAAGAUGUCGGUAGCUUUGCCUCGGUACAUGGUGCCCACAAUCUUCAUUCCUUGCGCGCACAUGCCCACGAGCUCUUCCACUAAGGUCGACCGGAAGAAGCUCAAGGCUUUGACCGCCGAUCUCGCCCAGGAGCAGCUUGCCAUUUACGCUUUGACUGAUGACGAGAAACGGGCGCCCGAGACUGCGAUGGAAAGACGUCUACAGAGAAUCUGGAGCAGCAUCCUAUCGCUGCCUCAGGAAAAGAUCGGUCGGGACGACAGCUUCCUACGCAUCGGCGGUGACUCGAUUUCCGCUAUUCAAUUCGUCAGUCUUGCCAGGGAUGAGGGCAUCGCAAUAACCGUGAAGGACAUCUUUGACGAUGCUCGUCUCUGCGCUGUGGCCGAAAAAGCUAUCGAGACCGACAACACCAACCCCAAUGCGCUGGCUCCGUUCAGCUUGCUUGAAGGCCGUGUUGAGGUGGACGUUGUCAAGGACGCUGUUCGCGAGCAAUGUGGAUUUACUGGAGAUUUUGUCAUCGAGGAUGCAUACCCUCUUACCUCACUGCAAGAGGGUAUGAUCGCCCUGAGUGCCAAGAACCCUGGGUCAUAUGUGGUCAAGCACGUAUACCGCAUGUCUCAGCACGUGAACCUGGCUCGCUUCAGGGCUGCCUGGGAACGCACUCUGCACCAGCUCCCGAACCUGCGUACUCGAAUCGUCAACGCCGGAGAUUACGCAGUCCAGGUUCACAUCAAGGACGAAAUCUCCUGGGACGAUCCCAAGGGCAUUGAUAUCAAAGCCUUUCUCAAAAACGCCAAGUCCUAUGAGAUGACCUACGGAACCCGUCUUUCCCGGUACGCCUUGGUGGAAGAAGGUGAUGAUACCUAUUUCCUAUGGCUCUGCCACCACACCCUCUAUGAUGGAUGGACGAUCCGAUUGAUCCUCAGUAAUCUGUUCGCCAACUACAACGACACCGAGGGUCUUCGCCUGCAGCCAUACGCAGGGUUCAUCCAGUACAUCCUCAACAUGGACCGCGUUGCUUCCAAGGAAUAUUGGCUGCAGCAGCUCCAGGACGCGAAGCGUGCCAACUACCCUCCAGCCGGCAAGAACGUGAAGAAGAGCAAGGGCACCAGGGUCUUGACACACUCUAUCCAUUUUGGUGAUCCGCCGAGUCAAGCCGUGACCAGGGCCACUAUCGUCAGGGCCGCUUGGGCGAUGGUCCUUGCACGCUACUGUGAGGACACCGAUGUGACCUUUGGCACCGCUAUCUCCGGUCGCCAAGCUCCUGUGCAUGGCGCUGCCGAUAUGCCUGGUCCUAUGAUCGCCACUGUGCCUGUGCGUGUUAAGGUCGACAAGGGCCAAGACGUGUCGUCCUUCUUACGAGGGAUUCAAAGCCAGGCCACUGACAUGAUUGCACACGAGCAAUUCGGCCUGCAGAACAUCGCCAAGUUGAGCCCUGCCGCGGCUGAUGCUUGCGACUUCACUAGCUUGCUUGUCGUUCAGCCGUUUCAAAAGAUGUUCUCCACCCAUAGCGACAGCGAAGGCGACAUCUGGACUGAUGCUGUGGAUGCGAUCAUGGGCGAGGGCCAGUCUCUCGAAGACUACUUCAGUUUCCCUCUCGUCGUUGAGGGUCUGGUCUCAGAUGAGCUUGUUGAGCUCAAGAUCAUCUACAACGCCGACGUACUCCAAGAACAGCAAAUGGAGGCUAUUUCGCAGCAACUCAGCCAUGUGAUAAAUCAGCUCACAGCAUCAGCCGAGAAGACCCAGCCUUUAGGUGAUGUUACCGUCGCCGGGCCCUGGGACGUGUCCAAGGUCUAUGAAUGGAACUCGAAAACGCCCCAAGUUGUGAACCACACUUGGUUCAACUUGAUUGAGGAACAGGCCAGAACCCGUCCUGACGCUGUCGCGAUCAAGGCCUGGGAUGGGCAGAUGACGUACAGCCAGUUGAUCGAGGCCGCUAAUCGUCUGGCAAUGCAUCUCAUCGACGCCCACCAUGUACAGGUCGGAGAAUUUAUCCACCUGUGCUUUGAGAAGAGCUUGUGGUACGUUGUGUCCAUGCUCGCCGUGAACAAGUCCGGUGCUGCAUUCGCUCCGCUCGACCCGUCACACCCUGAGCAUAGGCACCGACUCGUUGUGCAGCAGACCAAGGCCAAGCUCGCCCUCGUUAGUCCUUCGGCAGCCGCUCUUUGCAACGCGCUGGUGGAUGAUGUUCUCCAAGUCACCGAUCAACUCAAUGGUGAUUUGUGCCGGGCCUACCUUACCCCACAAGCACCCAAAGUCAAUGUUGGCCCCAGCGAUUUGGCCUACGUGAUCUUCACUUCCGGUUCCACCGGCGUGCCCAAGGGUGUCAUGGUCGAGCAUAAGUCACUCUGUACAAGCAUGCACGCUAAUGCUGAGCGGAUGAACAUCACACACGAAGCAAACUUCUUGCAAUUCGCUGCUCACGUCUUCGACAUGUCCAUUGGGGAGAUCAUCAUGCCACUCGUGCGUGGUGCCAUUACCAGCAUCCCAUCGGAGGCUGAGAGGAUGAACAACACCGCCGACUUCAUCAACAAGUAUGGCGUCACCUGGUUGUUCCUGACUCCUAGCUUCGCUCGCACCCUCGAUCCCAAGACUAUCCCGAACGUCAAGGUUCUGAUCGUUGGUGGCGAGGCUGUCAAUCGUGAAAUUGCUGAACAAUGGCUGGAUCACGUUACGAUCUACUGCGCUUGGGGCCCGACCGAGACCGUUAUGGUGUCUUGUAUUCACACGGUUGAUACUGUCCCUGAUACUACCCUCACAAUCGGUCGCCCUGUGGGUUGUUUCAUGUGGCUUGUUGACCCCGACGAUCCUCGCCGCCUGGCGCCUACCGGCACAGUCGGUGAAAUUGUCGUGCAAGGCCCGACACUCCUCCGUGAAUACAUCGAGAACCCCGAGAAAACCAAGGAGGCUAUCGUGGAAGACCUCCCCGAGUGGGCUCUAGAGAAGAGCGGUGGCCGCUGGAACCGCUUCUACAGGACAGGUGAUCUGGCCUACUACAACCCGGACGGCACGAUUCAGUUCUACAGCCGCAAGGAUAAUCAAGUCAAGAUCCGUGGACUGCGUGUUGAGCUGGGUGAAAUUGAGCAUCACAUUACGAACCGUCUUGAAGGAACCCGCCAAGUUGCAGUUGACGUUUUCAAGAGCGAACGUGGAACAGAGCUUGUCACCUACUUCUCCUUCAACGACGAGUCUCGCGUCGGCGGUUCAGUCCGUCAUGAUGGAGCCGCUGAUCUUCUUAUGGAGAUCGAUUCCGAUCUUCAGGAGACCUUGAAAUCUAUGGUUGCGGCCCUCAGCGUCGACCUGCCUCGUUACAUGAUCCCGACAUUAUUCUUCCCCUGCCGCUACAUGCCUGUCACCUCUUCAGCCAAAUUGGACCGCAAGAAUCUACGUGAGAGAGUGAAGAGGCUUCCUUCUGACGAUUUGGCUGCCUACGCCUUGGCCGAGGGCGAGAAGCAGCCUCCAGAGACUGAAAUGGAGUUCCGCAUUCAGGCACUGUGGUCGAAGAUCCUUGGCGUACCUGCUGAGAAUAUUGGCCGCGACGAGUCUUUCCUGCAAAUCGGCGGCGAUUCGAUUGGUGCUAUCCAGUUUGCCACCAAGAGUCGCGAGGCUGGGCUGCUCAUCACCGUAAAGGAUGUUUUCAACGAUCCCCGUCUUUUAGCUGUUGCAGAAGCUGCCAUUGAGCUCGACUCCACUAAGGCUGAUCAAAACGUGGAAGCGUUUGAGCUCAUCGAUGACGAGACGCGCUCGUCUUUGGUUGAAAAUGGCAUCCCUCGUCAGCUCAAUCUUGUUGACGGCCAGGAAAUCAUCGACGCCUACCCUUGCACUCCCCUGCAAGCUGGCCUCAUGGCCUUGGCUAUGAAGGUUCCGGGCUCUUACAUGGCACGCUUUGUGUACAAGCUGUCUGCAGAUGUUGAUAUACCCAGGUUCAAGACUGCGUGGGAACGCAUGACUCAACUCUGCGUCAACCUUCGGACUCGUAUCGUUGAGGUCGGUGGCGAAGCCGUGCAAGUUGUUGUCGACCCUGACCUCCGCUGGGAGAACACGGAGGGCAUGGGUAUGAAGGAUAUCAUGGCCCAUAUCAACACCAUCAAAAUGGGAUACGGCACCCCACUCAGUCACUACGCCCUGGUCAAGGAGGGUAGCGAUCGGUAUUUGGUCUGGGUUAUGCAUCACGCUAUUUCUGACGGCUUCUCCAACGUCAUCAACGUUUCCACCCUGCAGCAGCUCUAUGCUGGCAACGAUGUGCUCCCUCUGAGACCCUACUCUGGUUUCAUCAAGUACACGCAGGAGAUUGAUGAGGAAGCGGCCGCUGAGUUCUGGAAGGGACAGCUGACUGGCGCAAAGCAUGCCAGCUUUCCACCCACGACGACAACUGGCUCCAAUGCAAAGACUACACGGGUUCUGGAAAAGGCCAUUACUCUGCCAGCCCAAGGAGAUAACUCGAUCACCAAGGCCUCGAUUUUCCGCGCGGCUUGGGCGAUUUGCCUCGCUCGCUAUGCCGAUACGGACGACAUCUGCUUCGGCGCCACAGUUUCUGGUAGGCAAGCACCCGUCGCGGGCCUCGAGACCAUGGCCGGACCGGCGGUUGCAACGGUUCCUGUUCGCGUUCGCAUCGACAAGAACCUCAGCGUCCACGACUUCCUGCACGGAGUUCAGAAGCAGUCUUCUGCUGCCAUUCCCUAUGAGCAGUACGGCAUGCGCAAAAUCAUGCAACUCGGUACCGAUAUCAAGGCGGCGUGUGACUUCUCGAGCUUGCUCGUCAUUCAGCCGAUGAGUAAGAUGAACUCAAUGGACCCCGGCCAGAACGACAUCAUGUCGGGCGUCUCUGGCGAGUUCUCCCAAGACGAGUCGAUGGACGGCUACUUUACCUACCCUUUGGUUACAGACUGCCUGGUUUACGACGACAAGGUCGAGAUCAUGUUCACAUACCGAUCCGACAUCUUGAACGAGGCACAAUUGACAAGCAUGUGUCAUCAACUCGAGCACGUCAUGGGUCAAUUGAUCACCAGUCCUUCCAGCAGUCUCGCCGACGUGUCCGUGUCCGGUCCCAAGGAUGUGCAACAGGCCAUGCAAUGGAACCAGGAGCAGCACCCUCUCGCCAACUACACCGUACACGGCCUGAUAUCCGAGCAGGCGGCUCGGAACCCCAACCAGGAAGCUAUCUACGCCUCUGACGGCACACUCACCUAUGCUCAGCUUGAUGACUUAUCUUCACGCCUUGCGACGCACCUGAUCAACCUCGGCGUUGUCCCUGAGAGCAUGAUCUGCUAUUGCUUCGAGAAGUCAAUGUGGACUCCUGUCGCUAUGCUAGGUAUCGUCAAGGCUGGCGGUGUGUUCAUUCCUUUGGAUCCGUCUCACCCUGCUGGCCGACGUAGAGGCACUGUCCAGGAAGCUGACGCCCAGUUCAUCAUCGUGUCACCCAAGACCGCUCCCGAGUGCACGGGCAUGGCUCCUAACUUGGUUGAGCUGACACCAUCCUUGCUUCGGACUGUUCAGCCUGAGACACCUGCUGGGAUUGAGAAGCGAUCACACCCACGCCAAGCUGCCAGCAACCGAGUCCUCCAAUUUUCCAGCUAUGUGUUCGACGUCAGUCUGUCCGAGAUCCUGGAGACUCUUGUUCUCGGUGGCACGAUCUGUGUACCCUCGGAUCAAGAACGCCUGGAAGACAUUGUGGACUUUAUUCAACGCGCUCGCGUCAACACAGCCAUGUUGACGUCGUCCUUCCUCAAGACUCUAGACGCCGAUCAACUCAAGAGCUUGAAGACAUUGAUGCUUGUUGGCGAACCUCCCACCAAAGAUGCUAUUCAGACCUGGCAGCCUCGCGUUGACGAACUAGUCAACGCUUACGGUCCCUCCGAAGUAUCCGUCUUCAUCGGCUCCCACACGUAUACCGAUCCCCAAGAACAGUCGACCAACGUUGGUCGCGCAUUCAGUGGUAACAUGUGGAUUGUCGAGACGGAUAACUACAACAAGCUCGCCCCCAUCGGCUGUAUCGGCGAGAUCUUGAUCCAGCGCUACAUGGCCCGCGGCUACCUGAACGACGAGGAACGCACCAAUGCCUCGUUCUUCCGCGAAGUUGCAUUCCUUCCGCCACCGGCCGCUGAUGACCCAAGGAAAUUCCACAAGUCGGGCGAUUUGGCAAGGUAUAAUUCCGAUGGGACAAUCAACUACCUCGGCCGACGUGAUACUCAAGUCAAGCUACGUGGAUACCGCAUUGAGCUUGGCGAGAUCGAGUACAAUAUCCAAAGGGCUAUGCCUAACGUUGAGCACGUGGGCGUCGAUGUUGUCACUGCCGCUGACCGCGAGACUCUGGUUGCUUUUGUCAGCUUUGUCGAUGACCAAGCCCUACCCGCGGGCCAGCUUCCCGAACCUAUCUCAAACAUGACCGACGACUUGAAGGCCAGAUUCGCCAAGGUAUCUGAUGAGAUCAGCCAGUACCUGCCCUCGUACAUGGUGCCCACACUCUACUUGCCUCUCACUGACAUGCUCUUCAACACCUCUCUCAAGAUGGACAGGAAGAGGCUCCGUGACCUUGCCGGUGCCUUGUCUCAGGACGACGUCAGCAAGCUGUCGCUGGGCACGGAAGACAAGGUCGAGCCUACCACACCCAUGGAGCUCAAGCUACGUGAGCUGUGGUCUGAGGUUCUAAAACUGGAGGUUGAGUCCAUCGGCAAGAACGACAACUUCCUCCAGAUUGGUGGCGAUUCAAUGUCAGCCAUCAAGCUCGUCUCUACCGCGCAGAAGCAUGGCCAUGGACUGACAGUCGCCAAUAUCUUCAGCAACCCAAGGCUGUCCACCAUGGCUACUAUCGUCGGCAAGCUGCAGAAGUCAUACGAGGCUAGUCCCUUCAGUCUUGUCCCCUUUGACUUUGGCGGCACCGCUGAAGCCAUCCGCGGUGUUUGCCAACUGCCUGAGGAUCAGGUCAUUGAGGAUGCCUACCCAUGCACGUCUCUGCAAGAGGGUCUGAUGGCCCUCGCUGUGAAGACUCCUGGCUCAUACCAGGCCAAGCUGUCCUUCCGCCUGGGCGAAAACGUAAACAUUCCGCGCUUCCAGGCCGCUUGGGAAGAGACGGUCAGGUUAUGUACCAACCUCCGCACUCGCAUUAUGCCCGUGCACGGCAAAGCGAUGCAGAUUGUUGUCAAGGACGAUAUCGAGUGGGCGCUCAACGAGGACAACAACGCAGGCUCCUUCCUCUCCUCCAUUCACGACUCACCCAUGGCUUACGGGUCUCGUUUGUGCCGAUAUGGUAUCUGGCACGAGAACGGCAAGUCGUAUUUCUUCUGGGGUGUUCAUCACGCUGUGUAUGAUGGUUGGACAAUGGGCUUGAUCAUGCGUACCCUAUACAGCACCUACCGCGGCACUGAGAUGCAGCCACUGCAGCCAUACUCGGGCUUCAUCAAAUAUACCGAGGAGAUGAGCGAGACAGAAGCUCAAGAGUAUUGGAAGGAUCAGUUGAAGGGGGCUAAUCGGGCCACUUUCCCUCCUGCGGCCCGCGCGCAAGCAACCAAGUCUGGCAACGUCACUCGCAGCCUGACACAGCAGAUCGACUUCCCCUCUACAACUGACGGCUCAAUCACCAAGGCUACCAUUGUCCGCGGUGCCUGGGCUGUCAUCCUUGCCAGGUACUGCGACACGAACGAUGUCACGUUCGGCACCACCAUCAGCGGGCGCCAAGCGCCAGUGCCUGGUCUUGGUGAUAUGCCUGGCCCAGCUAUUGCCACUGUACCUGUUCGCGUGAAGCUUGAUCGCGAUCAGUUAGUCGCUGAUUACUUGCACAACAUCCAGUCCCAGGCUUCCGAGAUGGUAGCCUUUGAGCAGUACGGUCUGCAAAAGAUCUCCAAGCUGACGGCUGAGACCCGAGAGGCUUGCAACUUCACCAGUCUUAUGGUGAUUCAACCUUUCUCUCCUGUGGCUGCCAUGAACAGCGAAGGCGAGCCAAUCUUGAAGACCAACGAGGAGCGUCUCGCCGACGAGCUGCUGGAAGGUUACUUCAGUUACCCUCUUGUCAUCCAAUGCGCUGUCUCGGAAACCGAGGUCAGCCUGGACAUGACCUACGACUCAUCGGUCUUGGCUGAAUCGCAGAUUCGUGGCCUUUGCCAUCACUUCAACCAGGCUGUCAAGGAGCUACUCCCUGAACGCAAGGAUCCACUCAGCGCCGUCAACAUUGCCGGAGAGUGGGAUGUGCAAGAAGCGUACCGCCUCAACGGAACUGGCCCCGAGCUUAUCGACUCUUGCUGGCAUCACAUCUUUGAGCAAAAUGCUAGAGAGCAGCCCAACGCUCCCGCCGUCAUUGCGUGGGAUGGUCAACUGACAUAUGCCGAACUUGACCAUGCUGCUAAUCGUUUGUCUCAUCACCUGAUGAAGACUUAUGACAUCAAGAACGACGAACUAAUUCAUGUCUGCUUCGAGAAGUCGGUUUGGUAUUUCGUGUCCAUACUGGCCAUCAACAAGGCGGGUGCCACUUUCGUGCCUCUGGAUCCCUCGCACCCCGAAGCUCGUUUGCAACAGGUUGUCAACCAGACCGGUGCUCGACUUGGUCUUGCUUCGACCAAACAAUGGUCCCGCUGCGCCGAGCUCUUACCCAACAUUGUUGAGGUCCAUGGUGACCUCGACGAGAAGCUCAGGGCUGAAGCUCCCGAGACUUCCCAUCGUGGUCCAGUCGAUAACGUCUCACCGCGCAACGCUGCCUACAUUCUGUUCACGUCAGGCAGUACUGGUGUGCCCAAGGGCUUCGUGAUCGAGCACCGCUCCCUGAGCACGUCGCAGAUCAAUAUGUGGCGCCGAUUGCGCAUGGCCCCGAACGUCCGUAUGUUGCAAUUUGCCUCGUACGUGUUCGACAUGUCGAUUGGAGAGACGAUUCCUUCCUUCCUUUUCGGCGCUUGUGUCUGCGUACCGUCGGAAGAGACUCGUAUGAACGGCUUGGUGGAGUUUAUCAACAAGAACCAGAUCACUUGGCUCUUCCUCACCCCGGCCUUUGCGCGUACUCUUCGCCCUGCCGAUAUUCCUUCCGUGGAAUUCAUUAUCCUCGCCGGUGAAGCGGUCGGACAAGACAUCCUCGAUACCUGGUUCGGCAAGAUCCGUCUUGUGAAUGGCUGGGGUCCGGCUGAGACCACCGUUUGCUCAACGAUCCACGAAUAUGCCACCCCUCACGACUCUCCCGGAACUAUUGGAAGAUCUGUGGGAGGAUACACCUGGAUCGUCGACCCCGAAGACCCUCACCGCCUAGCACCCAUUGGCACUAUUGGUGAGGUUAUGAUUCAAGGACCAACCCUCCUCCGCGAGUAUCUCGCCGAUCCUGCCAAGACGGCUGCCGCCACCAUAGAUACGCUACCGUCCUGGGCACCAAAUACAGAUGAUGAAGCUUAUGGUCGGUUCUACAAGUCGGGUGACUUGGCCUACUACAACCCGGACGGGACCAUGGAGUUCAGCUCACGCAAGGACACGCAGAUCAAGAUCCGCGGUUUGCGUGUCGAACUCGGCGAGGUCGAGCAUCAUAUCCUCAAGUCGCUGACUGGGGUGGUCCAAGUCGCUGUGGAUGUGCUCAAGACAGAAAAUGCCACGAACCUUGUGGCGUACUUCUGCUACAACGAUGACCCCAGUCUGGCUGAUAUGGUGGAGGACCUCUUCAUGCCCAUGACGACCGACAUGCAGAGUCAAAUCACGGAGAUGGUCGCUGAAAUCUCUAUCGCCCUGCCGUCAUACAUGGUGCCGACGCUCUUCGUGCCAUGUCACUACAUGCCUUUCAUCACCUCGACCAAGUUGGAUCGUAAGAAGCUGAAAGCUGAAAUCAGUUCCUUGAGUGCCGAAGCUCUUGGGCAGUAUUCCCUUUCCGACACCGACAAGAGACCCCCCGAGACGGAAAUGGAAGAGAAGAUCCAGCAGCUGUGGGCGACAAUUCUCAACCGGCCGCUCAACACCAUUGGCCGUGAUGAUAGCUUCCUACGUAUUGGCGGUGAUUCGAUCUCUGCCAUCUAUCUUGUCACGGCUGCCCGUGAUGCCGGAAUCAACCUCACAGUCAAGAUCAUCUUCGAUGACCCCAGGCUUUCAGCGAUAGCCUCAAAGGCUGCUGUUAUGGAGGCUGACAGUCAUGCAGAAGACAUCAAGCCCUUCAACCUCCUCAAUACACAGUUGUAUGAAGCUAUCUUCACACAACAACCUCGGGACCAGUGCGAGCUGAGCGACAACCAAGUCAUCGAAAACGCCCUGCCUUGCACUCCCCUCCAAUCAGGACUAAUGGCUCUCUCGGCCACCAAGCCUCGCUCAUACAUUGCCUCUUGGUUCUACAGGCUUCCUGAACACGUUGACCCUCAACAAGUCAAAGAUGCAUGGGAGCAGACGGUCCGUGUCUGCACCAACUUGCGUACGCGCAUCGUCCACAUGAUGGGCGCCCCUAUUCAAGUCUUCAUCCAGGACGACAUUCACUGGGAAGACACUGAGGGCAUGAGCUUGGCCGGCUGGAUGGAAGAGGCCAAUCGUACCGAAAUGACAUUCGGCAACCGGCUCUGUCGCUACGCUCUUCUGCAAGACACCGACGGGCAGUGGUACUUUUCAUUUGUUGCCCACCACGCCAUUUACGAUGGCUGGUCCAUGCGUGUGAUCCUUAGCGCAUUCGCCGACGCCUACAAUGGUUCCAACGACAUUGUUCUGCAGCCAUUCGACAAUUUCAUCAAGUACAUUCUGAGCAUGGAUCAGACAGCUGCCAGCAGCUUCUGGAAGGGCCAACUCCAGGACGCCGAGCGCGCCGUGUGGCCUGCCGCGCCCGCCAAGAACGUCAAAGCUAACACGCGCAACAUGCAUAGUGUCCUUGAGCUCCCGCCUACGGUGGACCCGUCCAUCACCAAGGCCACGAUUGUGCGUGCUGCUUGGGCGUUGGUCUUGGCCAGGUACUGCAACGCCAACGAUGUCUGCUUCGGUAGUGCCGUCUCCGGCCGCAAUGCACCUGUCCCUGGCAUCGGCGAGAUGGCCGCUCCUGUCGUCGCUACAGUGCCCAUCCGAGUGAUUGUGGACAAGGAGCAGACUGUCACUAGCUUCCUACAGGGCGUCCAGUCUCAAGCCUCCGAGAUGAUUGCUUACGAGCAGUUUGGACCUCAGAACAUUGCAAAGCUCGGCCCUGAAAUGCAGGAAGCCCUCAACUUCAGCUCACUGCUGGUCGUGCAGCCUUUCCAGAGCAUGUCCAGCAUGGGUAGCGACGCUGAACAAGUGCUGAUUCCCGUGGAAACCGACGAGAAGCAGGUGAACGCCAGUCUCGAGAAUUAUACUGUCUUCCCAUUGGUUCUACAGUGCUUUGUUUCGGACGAGGUGGUGGAAGUCAACAUCAGCUACGACUCCAACACUGUCUCCGAGAUACAGAUAACGAACUUGACAAACCACUUGCAGCAGACUAUCAAGGAGCUCCUCACCAAAGUUGACGAGCCGGUCAACAAGAUUGAUAUUUCGAGCCAAUGGGACAUUGACCAGGCUCACAGCUUUAACGCUGAAGAGCCCGAGAUCAUUGACUCGACCUUCAACGACAUCUUUGCCAAGCAAGUGGAGGCUAACCCUGGCGCCCUCGCGAUCGAAGCUUGGGAUGGCCAACUCACGUACCGCGAGUUUGAUAGGGCCACAAACCGCCUCGCGCAUUUCCUCAUCCAAGAGUACGGUGUACAGCCCCAUGACUUCGUCCACGUCUGCUUUGAGAAGUCUCUUUGGCAUUUCGUGGCGUGUCUCGCUAUCAAUAAGGCUGGCGCAGCUUUUGUGCCCUUGGACCCUACGCAUCCGCCUCAGCGCCAUGCGCAAGUUGUUGAGACUAGCAGGUCCAAGCUUGUGCUUACCUCGUCCCAGUACGCUGGGAGGAUGGCGCCUUUGCUCGACAACGUCUUGGAGGUCACCCUGGAGCUGAACACGCAACUCUCCCAAGACGAGCCCAAGAGCGCAAAUUCCCCUGAUGUCACGGUUUCCCCAGACGCCGCCAUGUACGUCGUCUUCACGUCGGGGUCAACAGGUACGCCAAAGGGUAUUGUCACUGAGCACCGCGCCUGUUGCGUCUCACAGGCUGCUCUCGGCAAGCGCCUACGGAUUGGACCAAAUGUCAGGAUUCUCCAAUUCGCCGCCUUUGUCUUCGACUUCUCCAUCGGCGAGAUCAUUUGCACCUGGAUGAACGGGGCGACUGUUUGUGUUCCCUCGGACGAAAUUCGCAUGAACAGCUUGGUCGAGUACAUUGCCGAGAAAGAUAUCAACACGCUCUUCUUGACGCCAGCUAUUGCCAGGACCAUCCGCCCUGCCGAUGUACCCAAGGUCAACCUACUCUGCGUCGGCGGCGAGGCUGUUAGUCGCGACGUCCUUGAGCAGUGGCACGGCCACAGCCGCAUUGUCAUCGCCUGGGGUCCUACCGAAACCUGCGUCAUUGCCUGUACUCACGAGAUACAGAAAGAGGGCGAAUCGCCGCUUACAAUCGGAAGACCUGUGGGUGGCUACUUGUGGAUUGUCGACCCCGAGGAUCCGACCAAGUUGGCCCCUGUGGGCACAGCUGGUGAGCUGGUCGUCCAGUCGCCCACGAUUAUGCGCGAGUACCUUGACGACCCGGAGAAGACAGCAGCGGCGGUCGUCUUCGCUGACGGCCUGCCCGAGUGGGCGCCGAAGAGAUCCAACCCCUUGUGGUCGAGGUUCUACAGGUCCGGUGACCUCUGCCACUACAAUGCUGAUGGUACCAUCGAGUUCGCAUCUCGGAAGGACUCCCAGGUCAAGAUCAGAGGUCUGCGCGUGGAGUUGGGCGACAUUGAGUACCACGUCCGCACCAACCUGCCUCGCGUGGAACAGAUCGCUGUCGACGUUUUCAAGACCGACUCUGGAGCCAGUCUUGCCGCCUUCUUCUCCUAUACCACCAAGACGGACGCCACUGACACCACCAACGAGGUCUUCGACACCUUUACCAACGAGCUCCAGGCUGAGGUCUCCACUAUGGUCAAUGACCUUAGCAAGUCAUUGCCUCCAUACAUGAUUCCGACCUUCUACAUCCCUUGUCACUUCAUGCCGACAAGCACAGCUGGCAAGCUGGAUCGCAAGAAGCUGAUCAAGCUCAUGGGCGAUCUUGAUGACAAGCAAUUGGCGGCCUACUCGCUUGACGAUGCUGAGAAGAGGGCUCUGGAGACCGUGAUGGAAAUCCGACUUGCCCAGAUCUGGGCUACCUUGCUGGGCAAGUCCACCGAGGCCAUUGGUCGGGACGACAAUUUCUUGCGUAUCGGUGGUGACUCCAUUGCUGCUAUGCAGCUCGUCACCCAAGCCCGUGACGCCGGCAUAUCCAUCACGGUCAAGGAGGUGUUUGACGACCCCAGCCUCAUAGGGAUGGCCUCUAAUGCGACGGAACUGAAGGAGGGCGCCUCAUCAGGCCGACCCAAGCGUUUCAGUCUCCUGACACCUUUCCAGAGACAGGCCAUCCAGGGCCAGGGUAUCCGCGACCAGUGUGGCCUGUCCCGUGACGAUGUCAUUGAGGAUGCCUAUCCCUGCACUGCGCUCCAAAGCAGUCUGAUGACCUUGACCAUCAAGCAGCCUGGAGCGUACAUCAUCAAGCACAUCUACAAGCUGUCUACCCAAGUGGACGUCGACCGCUUCAGGAACGCUUGGAGCAGGACAGUCGAGAUGUGCGACGCGCUUCGCACCAGAAUCGUCGACAUUGAGGACUCGUUCGCCCAGGUGGUCAUCGAGAACGAUGUCCACUGGGAAGAGGUGUCCGACACUAUGGAUCUUGGCUCAUUCAUGAACUACACCAAGACCAUCACGAUGGGAUACGGGUCACGCCUCACCCGCUACGCCAUCGUGAAGGAUACAGAUGGCGCCCAUUACUUUUUACAGAUCAUCCACCACUCGGUGUUUGAUGGCUGGAGUCGUGGCCUGCUGAUGGCGACACUUUACAGCAACUACAAGAACGAGGAGCCGUCCCCUGUCCAGCCCUACUCUGGGUUUAUCCAGUACGUCAGCGAGAUGGAUCUCGAGGCGGCCGGCGAUUUCUGGAGGCUACAACUAGAGGGCGCCAAGCCUGCCACGUUCCCUCAGCUUCCUGGUCCUGAAGCCGCCAACAAGCCUCGCGCCACCGAGCGGGUUACCAAGAGCAUCCAAUUUGGACCCUCGCUCAACAAAACAAUCACCAAGGCAUCCAUCUUACGUGCCGCAUGGGCCUUGGUGCUGGGCCGCUAUGGCGAGACCGACGAUAUCACAUUUGGUGCCACCAUCUCAGGUCGUAAUGCCCCUGUUCCUGGGCUUGAAAUGAUGGCUGGACCUGCUAUUGCUACGGUUCCCGUCCGUGUGCAACUGAACCCGGAGCAGACCGUAGCCGAAUUCCUCCAGGCCAUACAAUCUCAGGCCAUGGAGAUGACCGCCUACGAGCAAUUCGGUCUUCCCAAGAUCACGCGCAUCAGCCAGGACGCCAAGGAAGCCUGCGACUUUACAAGCCUGAUCACCAUCCAGCCUGGUCAAAGCAGCCACUCCAACAGCGCGGCUGACGAGGAAGCCUUGUUGAAUUUUGACGCCUCCAAGAUUGGCGACGCGAUGAACGAGUAUUUCAACUACCCCCUCGUCGUCGAAGCUGCCCUUCUCGACACCCACGUCGAGCUGGUCUUGACGUUUGACGCAAACCAUAUGAGCAGGGACAAGCUCACUGCCCUGUCAAAUCACUUUGACCACUUUGUCCAGCAGCUUCUGGUAUCGGAAGACGAGCCAGUCGGGUCGCUGACGGCUGCUGGUCCGUGGGAUCUCGAGCAAAUCAUCAAGUGGAACGACUAUGUCCCCGAGGCCGUCGACUCUACCCUGCCUGAUCUGAUCAGCGAGCAGGCCAGGACUGCGCCGGACCACGAAGCGCUUUACUCAUCUGCGCUGUCUCUCACCUUUGGCCAGCUGGAGGCUCUGUCCACCCAGCUGGCUGAUUAUCUCGCUGAACUUGGCGUGAAGCCUGAGACGCUUGUUCCCUUCUGCAUGGAGAAAUCCCCCUGGGCUAUUGUUGCCAUGGUCGGCAUCAUGAAGGCUGGCGGUGUCUUCAUUCCUCUUGACCCCGAGCACCCUGUCAGUCGUAGGCAGGGUCUCAUCAACCAGGUUGGUGCCGAAUACCUGGUUGUUUCCCCCUCAACACGCGCUUCGUGCGACGGCUUGGCUCCCAAUGUGGUCGAGCUAUCGGCUGCUCUGCUUGAGGGGCUGUCGCAACCCACUCAGCGGCGCUUCAAGCCUGAGCCCACCAACGGUGCCUAUGUCCUCUUCACCUCUGGCUCCACGGGUACACCCAAGGGUGUUCUCGUGGCCCACAAGGGCAUCGCCAGCUCCAUUGCUGGCCAACGCAAGAUGUUCGACUUUAGAGGCUACAGGCCACGCUUCCUACAGUUCGCCAGCUUCAUCUUCGAUGGUAGCAUUUUUGAGAUAUUCACGACGCUCACGGCUGGUGGCACCGUCUGCUUGCCAACAGACAGCGAGCGCAUGCAGCACACUGCUGGCUUCAUGGAGCGUGCUCGUGUCGACUGCGCCAUUCUUACACCGUCUUUUGCCCGAACCGUCCGUCCUUCCGAUGUUCCCACCCUCGAGAAGCUCAUGGUGGCCGGAGAGGCGCCCGGCAAGGAUACAAUGGAGACCUGGUUCGGUCGUGUGAAGCUCAUCAACGGAUACGGCCCCUCGGAGACUUGUAUCUGCUGUGCGGCUCAUACUUAUGAGAGCGCGGACACGCCUCCCACCACGAUUGGUCGUGGUGUGGCCCAUGUCAACUGGAUCGUGGAGCCAAACAAUCACAACAAGCUCACUCCCAUGGGCUGCAUCGGUGAGCUCCUGGUACAGGGACACGCUCUUGCACGCGGGUACAUCAAUGACCCCGAAAAGUCAGCGGCCGCGUUCGUCACGGACGUCGACUGGAUGCCGGCUGCCUUGGCAGGCAAGUUGCCGCAAACAUUUUACAGAACUGGUGAUCUGGUGCGGUACAACUCGGACGGUACACUGGAGUAUCAUGGACGUCGGGACACGCAGGUCAAGGUCCGUGGUCAGCGCAUGGAAUUGGGUGAGGUCGAGGAUAGGAUCAAGAAGGCUUCGGAUGCUAUUGAGCAUGUGGCGGGGCUAGUUAUUCGACACAACAAUCGUCAGACUCUGGUUGCAGUGGUCACCUUCAAGGAGGCCGAGGCAUCGUCUGACGAUGGCUCUCGCUUCCUGCCGAUGGAUGACGAGAUGAAGAAGUACCUCUCUACGCUCACAGAGGCUCUUCGCAACUCUUUGCCAGGAUACAUGGUCCCGGCCAUGCUCCUGCCGAUCAAGCAGAUGCCUUUCUUCGGCGCUUCGAUGAAGCUCGACCGCAAGACGCUUCAGCGUGUCGCGGACAGCCUGACCCAGGACGAGCUGGCAACAUUCUCUUCGGCUAGUCACGUCAAGACACCGCCCACUACCGAGGUGGAGUUCAAGCUCCGUGAGCUCUUUGCUCGCAUUCUGGAUUUGAGUCCCGAGGAGAUUGGCAAACACGACCAAUUCCUGCAGAUUGGCGGUGACUCCAUUCUGGCCAUUCAACUAUCAUCCCUUGCGCAACAGAAUGGCAUGGGCCUCACGGUGUCUCAGAUCUUCAAGGACUCCCGGCUGUCUGCCCUCGCCGAGGGCUCAUCGAGCGACAACAACUACGGCAGCUACCCCACGGAGCCCUUUGAGCUGAUGCCAGACGACAGCGUACUCGAUGUUCUCCGUCGCGAGUGCAACCUUGCCGAUGACGCACAGUUUGACGAUGUCUACCCUGCCACCAGUGUCCAAGAGGCCUUUAUGGUUGGCUCCAAGAAGAUCCCUGGCACGCUCCUGGCCACCCGUCUCUGGCGCCUGGGCUCUCACGUCGACAUUCCCACCUUCAAGGCCGCGUGGGAGCAACUGUUCCAGUACUUCCCCAACAUGCGCACUCGCUAUGUGAUGCACACGACAGGCGAGACGAUUGGUGCUGUGCUACAGGAGGAGCUGACCUGGGAGGACACCACUGGCUUCAGCGUCCACUCGUACAUGGACUACGCGGCAUGCAACAUGAAGAUGUGCUACGGCACCAGCCUGUCGCGCAAUGCCAUCAUCGAGGAGGAUGGCGAGUAUUUCUUCGCUUGGUUCCAGCACCACGCCAUCCUGGACGGAUGGACCAUGGGUCUCGUCAUCGACAACCUCUUCUCCACCUACCACGGCAUGGAGCUGCGCCCGCUCAAGAACAUUGCCAGCUUCGUCAAGUACUGCAAGUCACUGGACGAAGAAGCCAUGGCUGACUACUGGCGCGACGAGCUCUCUGGCUGCCAGCGAACCACAUUUCCACCAGAGCGUACCCCAACCACGCGCCUCCGCCACGUCACCAAGCACCACCCGAACAUCAUCAGGCUGCCCGGUGCUUUCAAGAACUACGACAUCACUUCCAGCACCAUCAUGACGGUGGCCUGCGCUGCCAUGCUUGCCCACUUUAGCAAGCAGGACGACGUGACCACCAUGACUGUGUCGUCCGGUCGCCACGCCCCCGUCGAGGGCCUCGAGAAGAUUCCCGGCUGUAUCACAGCACGUAUGCCCCUCCGCGUGCGCUUCGAUCACAACCAGACAGUACAGGAGCUCCUCAAGAAGAUCCAAGACGACGCCACCGACCGUGUCGCCUACGAGCAGUACGGCGUGCAGAACAUGUCCAAGCUCGGCACCGAGAUUGCCAAUGCCAUCAACGACACAACGAGCGUCUUCUCGAUGCAGCCCUGGCAUCAAAAGACGGCUGCCAAGGAAGGGCUCGAGGUGGACGAGGAGGACGAGGACGACAUCAAGCCGCUCCUCCAGACGGCGCACGACAAGUACUCGCUCGCCGAGACGUCUGACGGCUUCUUCACGCAGUCGCUCAUUGUGCAGUGCUGGACGGCCGAGGAGGACAUUGACAUUGAGACGUACUGGAACUCGGAGGUGCUCACGGAUCUGCAAGCCGUCGCUGCGAGUGACUACAUUGGCAAGGUGGCGUGCGCGUUUGUCGAGAAUAUGGACAGCCCUGUUCUUGAGGUGCUGCGGAAGAUGGGUUAG